AUGCUUGCCCUGGAGUUGACCGCAGAGUUGAAUGGGGUCACUGAUUUGCGUCCUACUGACACAGUGGAAACCCCAUACUGGUAUACGUUCAAAGUCCAAUGCACGUCAUGUCGUGAGACCCAUGCGAAUUGGGUUGGUGUGAACCGCCAUGAGAUGAGUGAGCAAUCGGGCUCGCGAGGGGAAGCCAAUUUCGUCUGGAAGUGCAAGAAUUGCAAGCGCGAAUCAAGUGCCACUAUCAAAUCAGCGCCUGCGACCUACGAACAGACAGAGCCACCUAAAGCCAAGAAUCUGAUCGAUAUUGACUGCAGGGGCCUCGAGUUCACCGAAUUCAAGCCGGAUGGAGAGUGGGAAGCUAAAGGCGUGGAAUCGGGUACGCUUUUCACGGGAAUAGACCUGAGUGAAGGUGAAUGGUUCGAUUACGACGAAAAAGCCGGCGACGAAGUUAGUAUCAAAGACAUCAGCUGGGCGAUCAGAAGGGCGUGA